AUGCACGCCUCAAGCAGUGAGGCGCGUAUGGAGUGUGAAAACUUUGGUGUGAUGGAAGAUAUGGUCGGUGAUGCUCUUUGGGUGAACCUGUCUUACACCGAGGGUGGUGAAGAGGAAACAAUCCCGAAUGAGAAAGCGUUGAAGUUUUACAAGAUGAUGCAAGAAGUAAACAAGCCAUUGUUUGAAGGGUCGUCUGAUUCUAAGUUAUCCAUGAUUGUGAGGCUUUUAGCUGCCGCGUUAGAUUGGAGUGUAGCCGAAGAAGGCUCAGAGUGUUAUACAGAUAUCAUGAGGGACGCAACUCCUGUAAAGGACAAUUUGCCCUUGAGUUUUUAUGAGGCUCAAAAGUUGGUGGAGAAGUUGGGAUUGGAAGUUAAAACUAUUGAUUGUUGCGUUAAUGGGUGCAUGUUGUUUUACGACAACGAAUUUGGUAAAAAUGAUGGGGCGUUGGUGGCGUGUAAAUUUUGCUAUGCACCGAGGUAUGAAGUAUGUGAUGAUGCCGGUUCUCAGAAGAAGAAACGAGUCUCAGUCAAGUCAAUGUUUUAUCUGCCAAUAAUACCAAGAUUGCAGAGAUUGUUUGCAUCAACUCACACGGCCGAAAAAAUGACGUGGCAUUAUUACAAUAAAACUAAUUCAGAAAAUCCACGUAAUGUGAGGCUUGGAUUAUGCUCUGAUGGAUUUAUUCUGUAUAUCCAAGCAUCGGCAACGCCUUAUUCUUGUUGGCCAAUUCUUCUUACCCCGUAUAAUCUUCCUCCUGAGAUGUGCAUGUCAAAGCCUUAUUUGUUUUUGAGUUGUAUUGUACCAGGACCUACGAGCCCCUUAGAUGGUAUAGAUGUGUAUCUACAACCCUUAAUUGAUGAUUUGAAUAGAUUGUGCAACGGUGUAUCGACAUAUGAUAUUGCAAGGAAGAAGAAUUUUAGAAUGAGGGCAGCUUUGAUGUGGACUAUUAACGACUUUCCUGCAUAUGGAAUGUUGUCUGGAUGGUCGACUCAUGGAAGAUUGGCUUGUCCACAUUGCAUGGAACACACAAAGGCCAUAUGGUUGCAUCACGGAAGAAAACAUUCGUGGUUUGACUGUCAUCGUCUGUUUUUACCAGCGACACAUGAAUUUCGUAAGAAGAGGAAUUUGUUUACUAAAGGAAAAACAGAAAAAGAUGGCCCGCCUCCUAGGACAUCAUCAGAGGAAGUAUAUCGUAGAGUCAAUGAACUAGGACUUUUGAAAUUCACAGAAGUUGGCAAAAGAGUCAGACACCCACAAUACGGUAACGAGCACCAUUGGACCAAAAGAAGUAUCUUCUGGGAUCUCCCUUACUGGAAAGAUAAUUUUGAAGGAAAAUCGAUUUACAUUACAGAAUAA